ACCAUUGCAACCUUGAAUAUAGUUGGUGAAAGGCACUUGAUGUCUUGUCAACAGUAUCUUUUACAUUCCUGACGCAGCAGCCUCGCGGUCGUGUUUUUGUCUCGUGCUAUUAAAUAAUAUAAUAUGAAGCUGUACAGCGUUUCGGACGGUCCACCAUCUCUUGCAUGUCAACAGUUGUUGAAGGCUUUGAAUAUUAAGUACGAAUUGGUCAAUAUGGAUUUUGGAAAAGGUGACCAUAUGACUAAAGAAUACGAAAAGCUGAAUCCACAAAAAGAAAUACCCACCCUUGUCGACGACGAUCUUAUAAUAGGUGAAAGUAAUGCAAUUCUGCAAUAUUUAGCUGACCAGUACGAUACGAACAAUAAAUUUUAUCCGAAGACACCGAAGCUGCGAGCGAUUGUCAAUCAUCGUCUGUGUUUCAAUUUGGCGCUUUAUUACCGUAAUAUCAGCGAAUACACCUUGGCGCCGAUAUUUUAUGAUUAUCAACGCACGCCGUUGGGUCUCAAGAAAACAAAAAUCGCGUUGGAUAUUUUUAACACAUAUCUACAACGCGAAAACUCCGAGUAUGCAGCAGGCAAUAACUUGACAAUCGCCGAUUUUCCAUUGAUAACCGCGACGAUGUGCCUGGAAGCCAUCGACUUCAAAUUGGAUGCAUGGCCUUACGUGACGAAAUGGUAUGACAAUUUUAAACGGAAGCACCCUGACUUCUGGGAAAUCGCGGCGAGUGGAAUGCGGGAACUCAGUCAUUUCGAGAAACAUCCGCCCACAUCCGAUGUGGAUCACCCGAUACAUCCGGUGCGCAAAAACAAAUGAAAAAGUUUCUGCAGCAACAUUCUCAACAGUUUUAAACAUUUACAAACGCUUUUUAUUUUAAAUUGUGAUUUUCUAAGCAUAAUAAUUCAAUUUUUCUAAGCAUAAUAUGAAAAUUUAAUAAAAGUAAUAAUGUUCUUACUAAACUAGAUUUAUUAUUGACAAUCACAUUCGUUCAAUAUUUACACAAUAUUUUCAUAAUAUUCUCCGUGUAUCAACGUUAAACUAGAAUCUCUAUUACAAUAUAGUUUCACGAUAAAUAUUAUAAUUAUUGCGAUUACAACCGACGUACGUGUGUUAACUUUUGUGUAAUUGACAAUAUAUAUGUACAAAUUAAAUAAAUCUGUCGACAUACA